AGAAAAAAGAAGAAAAGAAAAAUAAACAUUUACAAAGAAUUUCUAAUCCUAAAGUCUAAACUCUCCUAUGUGUAAAAGCUGCGCGCACACAAGAUUAACAAUUAGCGCUAACCCUCUAUUACAAUUUCCAUCUCUCUCUACAGUCUACACAUUCAUGCAUUUAGAUUUUCUAUGUAAAAAAGUUCACAUAUCAACAACUAGCAAUUUCGUAUUUCCAGCAUCAAGUUUGAGGAGCAGAUAAGAAGAGUGACACAAAAAAAGCUGAACAUCUUCUUUCGACCAUUUCCAAAAAUAUUCAAGUGUUGUUGCGUGUGUUGUUCAGGCUGCAGGAUUAUUUUGAGAAGAAUCUUUUGUUAUUGUGCAAUAAUUAGUGAAGAUGCCAGCUAUAGUGUCAUCACGCUUACUUUGCAUUGUAGGGGAGUCUUUACCAUUUGGGAAACUGUUUCAUGUUUCUAGGCCAGCUUGUUACCCCGGAAACGUGCGAUUUCGAUAUCUUAGUAGGUUUAGCCAUGAAAAUAGGAAUGGCCCCCUCACCCUUGCCAGCCUCGGGUUCAGGUUAAAAGAUGAAGUUGAAACAGAUAGAUUGAAUGUAGUAGAUAAACUUGGGCAGCAGAAUUCUGCAAUUGAAGUGCCUAAAGCGAAACGGAAGGUAAAGUCAGGUGAAGUGAAGAAGUCUGUCGAAAUUGAGAUAGAGGGAGCCCCAUUUGCGGCUAGCUCGUUUGCUGAGCUUGGCCUUCCACCUUUGUUGUUAAAGAGAUUAGAAGAGGAGGGUUUUACACUUCCCACUGAUGUCCAAUCAACUGCAGUUCCGACUAUUUUAAAAGGGUAUGACGCUGUCAUCCAAUCGUACACUGGUUCUGGGAAAACUCUCGCGUAUCUAUUGCCAAUACUUUCUGAAGUUGGCCCGCUCAAAAAGGAAUCUGCCACCAUUGUGGAGGAUACUGGAAGUAAGAAGAAGGAUGUGGAAGCAGUUAUUGUGGCUCCUUCUAGGGAGCUUGGGAUGCAGAUUGUGAGGGAGGUUGAGAAACUUUUGGGACCUGCAGACAAGAGAUUGGUUCAGCAGCUGGUUGGAGGUGCUAACAGAUCGAGGCAGGAGGAAGCGCUCAAGAAAAACAAACCUCUCAUUGUUGUUGGCACACCGGGGCGUAUAGCUGAGAUUAGUUCAGCUGGGAAGCUAAAUACACAUGGUUGUCGGUUUUUGGUGUUAGACGAAGUUGAUGAACUUCUUGCAUUCAACUUUCGGGAGGAUAUGCACAGAAUUCUAGAACAUGUUGGAAAGAGGAGAUCGGGGCCAGGGGUAGGCUCUAAAUCUCUUGAUGGGACUAGAAGAACUGAACGUCAGACCAUUAUGGUGUCUGCAACUAUGCCAAUGUCAGUAGUAAGAGCAGCUCGGGGUUGGGGAAGGGAUCCGGUUCUUGUCAGAGCUAAAACUGUGAGCUCACUUGAAUCAGUCUUAGCUUCUGGUCCUGCAACUAUGGUAAAUUCUGAUUCUUCAUCAGGAACAAACUCACCAUCAUCUCAGGCAGCAUCUGAAAGCUUACCCCCGCUUUUGAAGCACUAUUACUGCACCACUAGGUUACAACACAAGGUUGAUACAUUAAGGAGAUGUGUUCAUGCCCUUGAUGCUAAGUUUGUUAUAGUAUUUAUGAACCAGAAUAAACAGCUGAAGGAUAUUGUUUACAAAUUAGAGGCUCGUGGGAUAAAAGCUGCAGAGCUUCAUGGGGAUCUUGGGAAACUUGCUCGAUCUACCGUGCUAAAGAAGUUUAAAAGUGGGGAGAUAAGAAUACUUGUGACAAAUGAGCUUGCUGCUAGAGGAUUAGAUAUUGUAGAGUGUGAUCUUGUAAUUAAUCUUGAAUUACCCACGGACUCAAUUCACUAUGCACAUCGAGCUGGAAGAACUGGUCGUCUUGGCAGGAAGGGUGUAGUAGUUAGCAUAUGUGAACAACAUGAAGCUUUUGUUGUGAAAAAACUCCAGAAGCAGCUUGGGGUGGCUAUUCAAUCCUGUGAUUUUGUUGAAGGUAAACUUAUCAAGGAAGAGGAUGAGAAGUAAGCUCAGAGGUACGAAGAGAUUUAGCAAGACGAACAUUUGGUCUGUAUACCUCUCUGUGUAGUGAGUUAAAGCAGACAUGCAUUUCAUUCAUGUGGUAUGUAUACCUCUCUAAAAUAUGAAAAGCAAUGGUGGUUGCGUCUCCUUCCACACAUUAGGGAUGGUGUUAGAGCCCUUGUUCCUGCAGCUGGACGUGCCCCCACGCCUUUAACCCUGCCUACUCCUGUUGUGAGUCUUACCAUAUCUAAGUAUUGUAUUCGAACUUCACUUCAAAAGUUAUCAGCAAUGUCCCUAGCUCUUUUGAAUAUUAUUAUGCCUGUGUAUUUCAUUCGCAUUGGAAAUAGAUAGAUGCUUUACUAUA